AUGUCCUCUACUCAAUUUCACGUCACUGAAGAAUCCUGGGGCCGCCAUUACCGUGCGGUCACCGAUAGUAAAGACGGAGGCAAGCGUCACUUCUUCAUCGAAAACUCCCAGUUUUCAUCCCAAAAGCCCGAUAUCACUAUCCACGACGGGGCCGACAUCAAUGACUCCGUCAUCGGGCUAUCCAAGUUCCGGCGCCUUUCAUCAGAUUGCGAUGUCACAUUAAUCGAGGACGAGCAGACCAAUAAGACAGACUGGGUACCUCUGAUCAAGAAAGGUCUUGUGUCCGCGAGUUAUUCUUUCUAUAUCCCCAUCCAGGGCCAACUAAGCCACCUCGUUUGGAAAAAGACCCGUUCUAUGGGCAGCCAUUCCAGUCCCUAUGCGAACAUGAAACUGGUGGACGAGGACAGCCAGAAUGUCUUGGCUGUGUUCUCUUCUGAUACUUAUUCGUUAACCGCGGGUCGUCUGGAUAUGACCGGGGAUUAUGGUGAACGGGUUGAUCGGAUGGUGUUGCUGACUGGUCUUGCGGUGCGAGAACGACAACGACGACAGAAUAAGGGUUCUGUACGGGCUCGUCGGGAUAGUGUGUUUACGGUUGGGGCUGCGGGUGGUGGUGCUGGUAGUGGCGGUGGUUGCUAG